AUGUCUGGAGAUAAACAAUUUCAAUCGGAAAUCGAUGGUGACGUUUUGAAAUACUGGAAUCUAUGUGGAUCUGCUUUCAAACACAAUCAAUAUGCACCUUUCAUAUUAUUUAUCGAUAGAGCUAUAACAGAUUUAGAUUGGGUCAAUUUAAAAAUCGAAUGUGUUCAAGAUCAAACAAAUUUUGAACUGGCUCUGGAAAAAAUCAGUUCAUUGAAAGAUAAGGAAAGCAUACCACAAGUUGUUAAAAUUAUUUCAAUGAUGUUCAAUUGUUUGAAUGACUUAUACAAUUGUGAUGAAGAAAUUGAAAAUGCUGAGCUCCCAAAAGAAAUAAUUGAUUUUGUCCAAAAUUAUGUGAAAAAGAACGAGCGGUUUGAAAUACCAGUCGAAUAUCAUCAUUCAGGGUUAUUUGAAUUGUUUGUGGCUGCUCAACAAUUUACAUCAUGCUUUUUAC